AUGGCGCGGCGGGCGGCAGGGCUCUGGGCGCUCGGGCCGCUGCUGUGGGGCUGCGCGCUGGCGCUGCGGGGCGGGAUGCUGUACCCGCGGGAGAGCCCGUCGCGGGAGCGCAAGGAGCUCGGCGGCCUCUGGAAGUUCCGCGCCGACUUCUCCGAGAACCGGCGCCAGGGCUUCGAGCAGCAGUGGUACCGGGCGCCGCUGCGGGAGUCGGGUCCCACCCUGGACAUGCCUGUCCCCUCCAGCUUCAAUGACGUGGGCCAGGACGGGCGGCUGCGUGGCUUUGUCGGCUGGGUGUGGUACGAACGAGAGGCAGCGCUGCCGCAGCGCUGGACCCAGGACACGCACACGAGAGUGGUGCUGAGGAUCGGCAGCGCCCACUACUAUGCCAUCGUGUGGGUGAACGGGGUCCAUGUGGCCGAGCACGAGGGGGGCCAUCUUCCGUUCGAGGUUGACAUCAGCAAGCUGGUCCAGGUUGGGCCCAUGUCCUCCUGCCGUAUCACCAUCGCCGUCAACAACACGCUCACCCCCCACACCCUGCCGCCGGGGACCAUCGUCUAUGAGACCGACACCUCCAAGUACCCCCACAGUUACUUUGUCCAGGACACACACUUUGAUUUCUUCAACUACGCGGGCCUGCACCGGCCGGUGAUCCUCUAUACCACGCCCACCGCCUACAUCGAUGACAUCGACGUCACCACCAGCGUGGACCAAGGCACCGGGCUGGUGUAUUACCAGAUUUCCAUCCAGGGUAGUGAACACUUUGAGCUGGAAGUAUUCCUUUGGGAUGAAAAAGGCAAUAUUGUGGCCCAGGAGUCUGGAGGCCGCGGCCAGCUGCAGGUGCCCAAUGCCCACCUCUGGUGGCCGUACCUGAUGCAUGAGCACCCUGCCUACCUGUACACGUUGGAGGCAAGGCUGACGGUGCAGACCGCAGCUGGGUACGAGUCUGACUUCUACUUGCUCCCCGUGGGGAUUCGCACCGUGGCUGUCACCAAGAACCAGUUCCUCAUUAACGGGAAGCCUUUCUAUUUCCGUGGGGUCAACAAGCAUGAGGAUGCAGACAUCCGAGGGAAGGGCUUCGACUGGCCACUGCUGAUGAAGGACUUCAACUUGCUUCGCUGGCUUGGUGCCAACGCCUUCCGGACCAGCCACUACCCCUAUGCGGAGGAGGUGAUGCAGCUCUGUGACCAGUAUGGGAUUGUGGUCAUCGAUGAGAGCCCUGGCGUGGGCAUCGUGCUGAGCCAGAGCUACAACAACCAGUCUCUGCAGCACCACCUGGAGGUGAUGGAGGAGCUGGUGCGCAGGGACAAGAAUCACCCGGCUGUCGUGAUGUGGUCUGUGGCCAACGAGCCCGCUUCCUCCCUGGAACCUGCGGGUUACUACUUCAAGACGCUGAUUGCUCACACCAAAGCCUUGGACCCCUCCCGGCCCGUGACCUUCGUGACCAACUCCAAGUAUGACGCAGACCUCGGGGCACCAUACGUGGAUGUCAUCUGUGUGAACAGCUACUUCUCCUGGUAUCAUGACUUUGGGCACCUGGAGGUGAUUCAGCUGCAGCUGGCCACCCAGUUUGAGAACUGGUACAAGACCUAUCAGAAGCCGAUUAUUCAGAGCGAGUAUGGGGCGGACGCCAUUUCAGGGUUUCACCAUGACCCACCUCUGAUGUUCAGCGAGGAGUACCAGAAAAGCCUGCUGGAGCAGUAUCAUCUGGUUCUGGAUCAAAAACGCGAAGAAUAUGUGGUUGGAGAGCUCAUCUGGAAUUUUGCCGAUUUUAUGACUGACCAAUCAACGAUCAGAGUUCUAGGAAAUAAAAAGGGGAUCUUCACUCGCCAGAGACAACCAAAAGGUGCAGCGUUCCUUUUACGAGAGAGAUACUGGAAACUUGCCAACGAGACUGGGUACCACCCACCAGCUGAGAAGCCACAGCAUCUGGGAAAGAGCCCCAGUACUUGGUAA